UGUGGAGGCGGGACUUCCUGUCCCGGCGUCCCGUUACCUCCGGAAGAGCGAAUCCUCACUUACCUCCGGCAACUGACCGAGCUUGCGAGCGAGCGAGCGAGCAGGAUCGAACCCUCGAACCCGAGAUUCAGAAGAUGGCUGAUCCUUGGCAAGAAUGCAUGGACUUUGCAGUAACCCUGGCAAGACAAGCUGGAGAGGUGAUUUGUGAAGCUCUAAAACAUGAAAUGAAUGUUAUGAUUAAAAGUUCUCCAGCUGAUUUGGUAACUGCUACGGAUCAAAAGGUUGAAAAAAUGCUUCUGUCUUCUAUAAAGGAAAAAUACCCAUCUCAUAGUUUCAUUGGUGAAGAAUCUGUGGCAGCUGGGGAAAAAAGUGUCUUAACCGACAACCCCACUUGGAUCAUUGACCCAAUUGAUGGCACAACUAACUUUGUACACAGAUUUCCUUUUGUAGCUGUUUCGAUUGGCUUUGUUGUAAAUAAAAAGAUGGAAUUUGGUGUUGUAUACAGUUGUGUGGAAGAUAAGAUGUAUACUGGCAGGAAAGGCAAAGGUGCCUUUUGUAAUGGCCAAAAACUACAGGUUUCGCAGCAAGAAGAUAUAACCAAAUCACUAUUGGUGACAGAAUUAGGUUCUUCCAGAACACCAGAGACUGUAAGAAUUGUUCUCUCUAACAUGGAAAAGCUUUUCUCCAUUCCCAUUCAUGGAAUCCGGAGUGUUGGAACAGCAGCUGUUAACAUGUGCCUGGUGGCAACUGGAGGGGCGGAUGCAUAUUAUGAAAUGGGAAUUCACUGCUGGGACAUGGCAGGAGCUGGCAUUAUUGUCACUGAAGCUGGAGGAGUCCUUAUGGAUGUAACCGGUGGACCAUUUGAUUUGAUGUCACGAAGAAUAAUUGCUGCAAAUAGCAAAGUGUUAGCUGAAAGGAUAGCCAAAGAGAUUCAGGUUGUACCUUUACAAAGAGAUGAUGAAGAUUAAUAGCAUGGACUCAGAGUCAACUACAGUUAUGGUUCCUGUGUUCAGACUCGUUGGUAUCAGUCCUAGGUGGAUGACACAGGACUGGGAUAUAGUUCAGAGCUGGAACACUUGCCUAGCAUGCACAAGGCCCUGAGUUCCAACCCUGAGAUCACGAGAAAAGAAAAAGAAAAAGAAAAAAACGGAUGUAUGAUAUGAUUGAUUUAGAUUGUCUUUGAUGUCCUAAUUUAAAACAAAUCUUUUUCUAUGGACUGUGUUAGAGUAUUUGUUUAUUGUAAAAAGUUUUUGCUUCUAAGUGUAUGCUUGGGGGGAAAAUACACAGGAAAUGUGUAUUCCUUUGCUAUACAUUGAAAUAGUCAAAUUCACAUUUUGUGUUUCUAAGUAUAUAUGAUUCUCUGAACUUUUGUGUUACUAUUUAUAUACAAAAGCACUCAAUUAGAACGUUACCUUUUUUGCGGAAAUUUUUUUUUCUAAAAGCCAUAUUUUAAUUACGUUUGUAAGUAUAUAAUAAAUAUUUCUUAGAUUAAUAAAACUUUUGCUUUUUAGCAGAAAACUUUGUUUUACUCAUCACUGUACAUAUAGCACAGUAUCUGUCAAAUAGUCUAUCCAAAAUAAUCACUUAAGAAUGAAAAUUUUAGCUGGAGUCGGUGCCUCACAUCUAUAAUCAUAGCUACUCAGGACACUGAGAUCUGAGGGUGGCAUUUCAGAGCUAGCCUGGGCAGAAAAAG